AUGGAUGCCCGGCCGCGCGGGCGGAAGCGGACAUGCCCGGAGGACCACGGCUAUCACCCGUACGGCGAGGUUGACGCCUCCCAGCGGCGCUGGUACUACAAUGCUGAGUUUAAUCACCGAGUGCGACUGCGGGAGUUUGGGCCGGCGCCACUCUCCUCACAGCAGAACAAAGCGCGACUGCGACCAAUCCACAAGUACCUCAGGGAGUACAUGCAACGCCUGCAAAGCCUGCAGGCUGAGCUGUUCCCGGUCGCCGUCGCACGCGACGUCGACACGCUCGCUGCCUCGUUCGACGCGCUGCAGCCUCCGCCCGCAGUCCCACCACUGCUGCCUCGAUCGGCGCCACAAGUUGUGCUGCAUUGCCCGCAGCUGGCGGCCUGCUGCGCCGAGCUCUUCUCCGCCGGGGUGCCUGUCGGCCCUUGCCCGCCAGUCCCGUCUCCGCCACAGCCUCCUCCUCCGCCGCCACCGCAGCUGGCCGCACCAGCACUGCCGCCACUGCCGCUGUCGGCUCCGAUCGCAGUGCAGGAGAGUGAGAGCGAGGAGGAGGUGGAGGCAGAGGUGGAGGCACCAGGUAAGGAAGGCGGACGCGUCAAGGUGGAGAUGGGCGCAGGGGAUACGAGCGAUGUCGAGGAAGUGGCGCCACCGCCCCCUCCGCCUCGCACCGCCUUGGCGGCCCGCGACGGAGAACAAGAGGUACAAGCAACGGCGUCGACGGGCGGGCUGCUAAACUUGCCGCAUGCACGCGCGCUCUGUCCCUCGGCGCCGUUCAGGGCACCGCAGGGUGCCUUCGCCAAACGGCCGCUCCAUGGCAACGCCGAGGCGUGCCCCCGCUGCUACUGCUACAUCUGCGACGCGCCAGCCAGAGAGUGCACGCAGUGGCAGAGCGACUACCGAAAUGCCCCCAGCCACUGCAACGCGCACGAUAGGCUCACGAAAUGGCGGAAGCUGCGGGAUGGCGCGAAAAGGAAGCGGCAGUGCGCGGUGGCGGUAUGA